UUCCAUGGGGAGCAGUCACGCGCGUACGCACACGCGCCCUUAUCGUAAGAACUUGGUUUAGAUACUACGUGCAUUUUAACUGAAGAACCGUCGCGUUAUCGGCAGGCCCAGAAAACAACGGACGAGGCCCGGAAAUGCAUCCCUAGAUGGAUCCCGAAGGCCCGGUGUCGACUCUUGACUGAUCACCAGGGUCCAACCUCUUCUAACAACGGAUCCGUUACUGCCAGAUGAGUUUGGAUCUUCAAGAAUUGUGUGUGUCCUCAACUUUUUUUAUGCAGAAGGAAAGUUAACGAGCGGAUGACACCGUCUUGACGGACGAUGAAUCGCUACACCAACCUGAAGCAGCUGGGCGAUGGCACCUAUGGCAGCGUGCUGAUGGCGAGAAACAACGAGUCUGGAGAACUGGUGGCUAUCAAGAGAAUGAAGAGGAAGUUUUAUUCAUGGGAAGAAUGUAUGAACCUAAGAGAGGUCAAGUCCCUGAAGAAGCUGAACCAUGCUAAUGUGGUGAAACUCAAGGAGGUAAUCAGAGAGAACGAUCACCUCUACUUUGUCUUCGAGUACAUGAAGGAGAACCUCUAUCAGCUUAUGAAGGACAGAGAGAAUAAGAAGUUAUCAGAGAAUGAAAUUAGGAACAUCUUGUUUCAAGUGGUAUCUGGGUUGGCUUUUGUACAUAAGCAUGGUUUCUUUCAUCGUGACAUGAAGCCAGAGAAUCUGCUGUGCAUGGGACCAGAACUGGUCAAAAUAGCAGAUUUUGGACUGGCUCGAGAGAUCCGCUCCAAACCCCCCUACACAGACUACGUGUCUACCAGAUGGUACCGAGCUCCAGAGGUCCUGCUCAGGUCCGCUACCUACAGCUCUCCGAUUGACCUGUGGGCUGUGGGCUGCAUCAUGGCUGAGCUCUACACCCUCAGACCUCUUUUCCCAGGGAACAGUGAGGUGGAUGAGAUCUUUAAGAUCUGCCAAGUCCUCGGCACCGUCAAAAAGACAGAUUGGUCAGAAGGCCACCAACUAGCAUCUGCUAUGAACUUUCGCUUUCCCCAAUGUGUGCCGACGCACCUGAAGACCCUCAUCCCUAAUGCCAGCAAUGAGGCUAUCACUCUGAUGAGGGACCUGCUGCAAUGGGACCCCAAAAAACGACCCACUGCUGUACAGGUUCUGCGUUACCCGUACUUCCAGGUAGGCCAGAUCUUAGGGCCUCGUCCUGAGAGCCAGGAGGUCAAGAAGGUCCAGGUCAGGCCGCCGGCCCAGAAGCAGGUCUCGGAGUCCAAGGCUGAUCCUCAGAAGUCUUCCUCUGAGUCCAAAGCCUCCACAUCCUCCUUCAGAAACCAACAUCAUCAGCCUCUUCAGCAGAUGCCCCUUCCCCAAAGUGAAAGUAAACCAGGAGGCCUCAGCCAUGCAAAAGCAGCGUUGCCGGGCAAUGAGAACAGCGUUGGUGUUGGUGGUGGGAUUGGGGGGUUCAAGAGUGGCCGGCGUCGCUGGGGCCACACGGUGGCCAAGACCCCUCAAGACAGCUGGGAGGAAUACGAGCCGUCAGAAACCGCUGCCUCCAACUCCAAGAAACCCAGCCUGGUGAAAGCAGAGGAGGAAGUGAGCCUGAAGGAGCAUCACCCACAGCCCAAGGAUCAGAAACCUCUGUAUUCCUUCAGCACAAUCACGAAGCUACCCAACAAUGUUAAAGCGGGCCAAAUGGACUCUAAUCUCCCAGGAUCUGCUGCCCGGCAGCACUACCUGAGCCAGUCACGAUACUUGCCAGGGUUGAUCGGCAAGAAUCUGACUUCUGGAGAUAAGGAGUUGAGUGGUUUGACGCUGCGGGACUUGUGGGAGAACUCCUCAAACACUGUAAAUAAACCGCUUGCUCCUAUUGGAGGAGGAGUAUCUGUGACCAGAGACAACGCAGAGAGUGCCUCUAAAAGUGAGGAUAGCCCACCAGAGAAAACGUUUGUUAAAGAAAGAAUACUGGAGAAAAUCGAUCUCUCCAAAGGGAACUUUGUAAGCACCAAAUAUAACCUCUCUGGCGGUUAUAUCCCUUCAUUCCAAAAGAAAGAGGUGGGCUCGGUGGGGCAGAGAAUCCAGCUGGCUCCUUUGGGAGGCCAGCACACAAUCAAUCUGUCUUCUUCUCCCGAUAAUAAAAAAGACAAAUCGAAAUCUGCAAAGCCAAAGCCCAUAUCCAACUCAUCUUUGAGCGAAACUAAUGAAGAUUACGAGGGCUGGAAGAGGAGGGCAGACAGAACUCAGAUGAAGGGGAGCAGCUACUCGGCCCUGGGGAAAACGUCCGGGAAUCUCCUGACCAGAGCUCCGCCCGUGCAGCCCGUCUACGGCAGGGUGGACUGGGCAUCCAAGUAUGGAGGGAAUCGGUAGUUCAGAGCGGUCAUGCAGCUUCUACUGCCUGCUGGACUGUUGCCUGGUGGCACACAUCUUUGGCAGGAAGUUAACCCUAAACACAGAUAUGGAGGUAUCAUAAGUAGUCCCAUGAGACAUUCUUCAAGGAGAAAGUUUUAAUGCCAGAGAGGCAUCACUGAUCACUGAGUGAUGCCUCUAGGUGUGCAUGACGUCUAUGGUCGGAGGAUGACGGUUGCCAUGACGCUGAACCAAGACGGAUCCUGUCUGCUUGACAAUCAGCCAGUGUGAGCCAAUUAUGUUGUUAGUGAUGUUGCAAAACUUUUAAUUUUUAUAACUGAGUUUAUCAUUGUAAUGUACUGUUUUACUACUGAUGACAAAGCAGAAUCAGUAAUUUAUUAACAGCUCCUGCAAUGUUAUGUUCACUCUGCUUUUAUUCCGAUAACAUCUUCAGUGUAAUGGCAACAACAAAAGAUGACAUCAACUUUUUCUUUGUACCCCUGCACACCUCUUUGUAUUGAGUGAACAUUUUGUAAACAUUUUAUAGAAAUAAAUACAUGAACGUU